AUGUCUGGCCACGGGACCAUUCCCAGCGGUCGAAAGCUGCACGUAUCCACUGGUUUCGAUAUCGUCAUGGCGGAUUGUAGCUUUUUGAAGGAAGUGGAGAGCGAAUACGAGAUAAUGCCCGCAUCAUCUCUAAUCUGCAAAGAUCUAUUCAAGAAGGAGAGCCGCAUCGAAAUUUUCGAGCGAAUGAAAGUGAUUUUGUCGACUGGAGAGCAUGGCGUCAUCGAGCAGUCAUUUGGCAAGGGAGGAAAAGCCCGUAUAGCUAUACCAAACGCCCGGUACCCGACGACUCGACACGCUGGUGAACCGGACGAGCGGGAAGAGCAGCUCCCAAGUCGAGAAGUUAAUCAUGACCGGGAAGGUGCGCGUCAACGAGAAUUCCGUGACAAAGAAGUCCUACAAUGUGAGAUU